AUGAAUGCUUUGGACACGGACGAGGAGUAUUUAGACGAUCCAAUAAAGCUAUAUGAUGUCGAACAAAUCAGAUUUGGAUGUCACAUGCUGCAAGUUAAAGAUUCUGAUAAUAUUGACAAGACGGCUACUUAUGACAAGCAAAGCUCUUUACCAAAUCAAGAAUAUAUUUUUAUUCUCCCAGGCACGUUUUUUGAAAUCGAAAGAAACAUAGAACUAUUAGAAAAGUGCCGACCUUUAAGUAUUCAAAUUGUUGACUGUGCAAAAUAUCCCUUAUACUAUAAAUCAAAAUCAAAUAUAAAAAAUUAUUCCACUUACGCAAAAUUUAACACUUUUGAUAAAGUAAAUGAAGUUAAACAAGAGAAGUUUCUUGAUGAGUCCCUAAGUGAAGAUACUAUUGGUUGUAAUAAAAGCACUGUGGUUUUUAACGAAGACGAAAAGAAUUUUAAGGAAAAUAAAAAUUUUACAUCUGCGAACACGGGGAGUUGCCAAAAAUUAAUGUUACUGGAAAUAUCAAGUGAUAAUUCACAUAUUGAUUUUAAAAAGAACAAAGGCUUAAUAGGUCUAAAAAUAAAACGUAACGAUAAAUUAGAAGAAUGUAAUCCUGGAUUACAGGAAGGUAUUUUUUCAGAAAACACAAAAUCUUCGACAAACGAAGUAGAAUUUGCUAGUUAUCGGUCUAUGAUUGCUAACAAAAACACAAUUAAACAUGAAGAAGGGAGUUUUGCACAUAAGAGCGCUGACAUUAAAGAAAUGCCAAAACCUGAUAUAUAUUUUGAUAAAAAUGAAGACAUUGAACGUACGAAAAUAAUACAACAGACAAGAGAAACUUUAAUUGCAAACAGCGUUAAGCAAUAUAAUAACCCAAUCGAGCUCAGCGAGGUAAGGUCUAAGUCACCAAUUCUUCCUUGUACAAGCAAAAAAAAUGGUCGUUAUGCCAAAAAUACUAAAGAAGAAUUAUUAAAAAGUCUUAAUAAAUAUACGGAACAAUUUUAUAACAGCAACAUAUUAAACAAAAGCCUAAAGAGUAACGUAAAAUAUUUUGAUAAAUCACUAAAUAACCAAAAUAAUCUAGAAACGUGUCAACAAAGACAAGAAAAAUACCAAAAAACACCAAUUGUAUUACAAUCUAACAUUAAUCACAAAAAUGUCAAUAAUAAUUUAUCAUUUAACGUACGUCAAAUAAAGGAAGUAGAAAAUAAUUUAUCUCAUGUUGCUAAACCCGUUAACAAAGAGAGUAUGUUGUUGAACCAACAAGAGCAAUAUGUAUUUCAGAUACCUUUUAAAUUAAAUAAUGUUAGCGAACUCAAUAAAAAGAACAUAAUACAAGAAAAUAAAAAUAAUAAAAACAAAAUUAGUAAUGUAAAACGAAAAGCUCAAGUAAAAUGUUAUACAAAUUCUCUUAAAAAGGGAAUGAAAAGUAAGAAUGAAAUUAUUUGCGGUGAAGUUCACACGAAUGCAACGAAUAAUAUACUUUUAACAGGUCAUCAGGAAACCUUAGUCAAUGCAAUACCAUCUACUCCGCAGAGGUGUUAUGUAAACAAUAAUAUUACGAGUAAUUGUUCAUUAGGUGCAAGCAAUGAGAAUUUAAUGCAUUCAAAUAAAUAUUCUUACACUAUAACUUCUCCGGUAUUAUGUUUACCGCCACCAAAUGCUAUCAGACACCAAAUACCUCAUAGUCAUUUUCGUAUUCCACCUGUUUCUGAUAUUUUGCUCAGUUCUUUGAGGAUAAAGAAUAAAAGUAUCCCUUCUUCACAUUUGACAAGCCAAAAAACUUUUGCGAGGAACAAGAACACAAUAAAUUCAUUUGAAACGUUAGAUAUACUUGACAUGUCUAAACCACCUGAGUUACCACUCACAGAUAAAAGUGAUGACAGGAACGGUAAUUCUUUUAAUAAAAACGUCGAAGGAUCGGACGGUAUCGCAAAAAUAAAGUCCAAACCCGUGGAAGAAAUUAAGAAAAUAAGAGGAGAUACAUUGAGUUUAAAACAAAUCAAGCCAACCAAAGGCUAUUCUGCACCGAUUUUACCAAUUCCUACUUAUGAAAGUACAUUUGAGAUUAUUGCUAAAAUAGCUGCAUCUAACGGUCAAGAUGUAAGUGAAAAUGAAGCUAUUCAAGAACAUAAAAAUAACGGUCAACUACAACGACCGUCAAGGAGCUCAGAGGUUAGUAAUCUUUUGAAAAAGAGGAAAUUAGGUUUUACGAAUAUAACCGAAAACCAGCCGAAGAAGAUUUCUUUGGAUGAAUAUAAUAGAGUAUACGUAAAAAAAUAUGUUAAGGAAGGUAAUUUAUGUCCAUAUUAA